CACUUGCUGCUGAGCCUGAGUCUUUUAACCCUGAAGAUGGCCCAGAAGAACAAUUACGUAUUUCAGGAAUGGUUGACAUCCAAGAACAUUGUCCCUUCAGGGCAAAUGGCCCUGGUAGUGAGAAAAGGCAGAGUAAGCUUCCAGGGAGAAGAAAGAGGCAGCCAAAGAGAGCACAUGUCUCACAGGAGGGCGAAUGUUUCUUUGACACUGAUUCACUCAUACUCUCUGGAAAAAGACUAAAGAAACAGGAAGCAAUCGGUAGCAAAAAUCCUAGGUCACCAGUAACUGAAAUACCCUCCCUUUCAAGUUGUAAGUCUGAAAUUCCAGAUUCUCCAGCACCACUUGUAGAAAUUGAUGGAGAGAAUAUAUUAAUUCCAUCAACUGCCAAAUCAGAAAGAGUUGAUACCCCAUUUAAAGGAAAUAAUUUCUCCAGUAACACUGAAGAUCCUUUGCAGACUAUACCAGAUAACAGUAAUCAUGAGUACCUUGAACAUAUACCUCCUAAAGGUAAUUGUGAACUCAUUACUCAGGGGUUUAAAAACAUUAGCCUUACUUCACCCAUAAACCCGGAGGUACAAGGCCACCAAAUGACUGUCUCUCCAGAUAGCACAGUAGUAAAUAAAGCUGCAGGCACCACUGGCCAGCUGCCUAGAAGUCCUGCAUUAGAGGCAGAUAAUUCAUGUUCUGCAAGUGAACUCCCUUAUAAUAACUUAUCAGCAAAGAUAAAGCAAAACUUAAAAGAACAAAAUCACACCAAGGAAUCUCCCAUUAAUGCUUUUAAUGAUAGAAAUGAAAAUGUUCAAGAAAAUGAGGUUCUAAGUCAAUCUAAGAGUCUUAGCCCGGAAGCAGUCCCUUCUGUUUCUACAGAAAAUCAAAUACAUUCUUGCACAGUGCUUGAAGGCCUUUUGUUUCCAGCGGAAUACUAUGUUAGAACAACACGUCGCAUGUCCGAUUGCCAGAAGAAAGUAGCCCUGGAAGCUGUAAUUCAAAAUCACUUGGGUGGCAGGAAGAAGGGGCUUAAAAAUAAAAGUAAGGAAGCACCUAAAAAUUUAAACCCUUCCAAUGAAAAUAGUGCCCAGAGUGAAAAUGAGAUUUUGGACACGUGCACAGGACAAGCAAUCUCAAGAAGUCCUCCUCAGGAGCUUCUCUCUCCAGCUCACAUCAGCUCUCCCCCUGGGUCUGCCGAAGAUAACCUCUGUUCUAGGAGGGCUCUUGUGCAGCCAUCUGGUAGAAGACACAGAGGAAAAAGGAAAUCAGUCUGCACCCCAGCACUAGGUCAUAGUGAACUGAUUUGGCCAAUUUUCAGCACAUUGGGUGUUAACAGAUCCAAUGAAGAAGUCACCUUGGGCAGGCAGCAGAAUGAAAAAGCCAUUAUUCAUGGGAAGGAAGUUCAUUGUCGAAAAGAGGACUCCCUCUCUUCCAUUAAUAACGCUUAUUUAGCUUUGGAUGAUGCUUUCAGUGUUCCAUUUUAUAAAAACGAAAUGCUAAGUUUAAAGCAACUGUUGUCUUUUCUCAAUGUCACAGACUUUCAGUUACCUGAAGACGACUUUGGGCCUCUUAUGCUUGAAAAAUUGAAGUCCUGCUCGGAAAAACUUAUUGAGCCUCUGGAAUCAAAAAUGUGCAGGGAGAGGCACUACUCCAGCCCUUGGUUCCCAGGUGUACUGUGA